GGGUGGGCGGAGCGACGACGCAGAACCGAGCAGCGCAGAGAGAUAAACCCGCUCUGAAGCCACUGGGCAGCGGAUAGAAAAACCCACCGAGCCGGAGACGACCACCGUCCUGCUUUCACCGAGCCUUGCUUCUAUUGCACCGCGGCUUCACAGAGAGGGAGGCCAGGAUGAACGGCGAUUCAGGUGCCGGAGUGGUGACGGCCCCCCCUCCCACCACUGCCCCCCACAAGGAGCGGUACUUUGACCGGGUGGACGAGAGCAGCCCGGAGUACCAGAGGGAGAGGAACAUGGCGCCCGACCUCCGGCAGGACUUUAACAUGAUGGAGCAGAGGAAGAGGGUCUCCAUGAUACUGCAGAGCCCGGCAUUCUGCGAGGAGCUGGAGACAAUGAUCCAGGACCAGCUGAAAAAGGGGAAGACGCCCACUAGCCUUUUGGCUCUGCAGCAGAUCGCAGACUUCAUGACCACCAGCAUGCCUUCCAUGUAUCCCGCUGCACCACAAGGAGGCAUGGCAGCGCUCAACAUGAGUUUGGGUAUGGUGACUCCCGUGAACGAUCUGCGAGGCUCAGACUCUAUCUCCUAUGACAAAGGAGAGAAGCUACUUCGCUGCAAGCUGGCCGCCUUUUAUCGGCUUGCUGACUUGUUCAGCUGGUCCGAGCUCAUCUACAACCACCUCACAGUCAGGGUGAAUUCAGAUGAGGAGCGUUUCCUUAUUGUCCCUUUUGGGCUCCUGUUCAGUGAAGUCACUGCCUCCAGUCUGGUGAAGAUAAACAUUCAAGGGGAGGUAGUCGAUCGGGGAAGCACCAACCUUGGAGUCAACCAGGCCGGCUUCACUCUCCACUCUUCCAUCUAUGUCUCACGGCCCGAUGUCAAAUGUAUCGUACAUAUACACACAGCUGCAGGUGCUGCGGUGUCGGCCAUGAAAUGCGGCCUGUUGCCCCUCUCACCUGAGGCGCUGUCUUUGGGCGAGGUGGCCUACCAUGACUACCACGGUAUACUGGUGGAUAAGGAGGAGAGUGAGCUUAUACAGAGAAACCUAGGCUCUACGAGCAAGGUGCUCAUCCUGAGGAACCAUGGAUUGCUGACCGUGGGUGAAACAGUAGAGGAAGCUUUCUUUUACAUGCACAACUUGGUCGCUGCCUGUGAAAUCCAGGUGCGAACACUGGCCAGUGCUGGAGGGCCAGACAAUCUGGUGAUGCUGGACCCGGCGAAAUAUAAGUCACGUUCAAAGGUCCCUGAGCCUGUUGGCGACGGGUCCCCUUCAAACCCCAAGUGGCAAGUCGGGGAGCAGGAGUUUGAGGCGUUUAUGAGAAUGCUCGACAAUUUGGGCUACAGGACGGGCUAUCCUUACCGCUGCCCGGCAUUGCGGGACAGAGGUAAAAAGUACAGUGAUGUGGAGAACACUCCCUCUGCUCAUGGUGGUUACUCCUACGGGGAGGACAGCGACUCAGGCGCUCGCUCCCCGCUGAAACACAGCUUCCAGCGCGGCCAGCGUGACAAGACCCGCUGGGUAAAUGCCGGUGGCCGGCCCGAUGAGCCCUGCGAGGAUGGGCCUGACGCCAGCAGCCCCAAGUCGAAGCCUAAGUGGUCGAAGGAAGACGGCCAGCGCCAGGGUGCGGCAGCCAAUCAGUUCAUCCCGUUGAACACCAAUCCCAAGGACGUCCUGGAAAUGCGGAAUAAGAUCCGGGAGCAGAACCUGCAGGACAUUAAGACAGCAGGACCCCAGUCUCAGGUUCUCUGUGCCAGCAGCAUCGGGGAUCGCACCUUCACCCAGGGGGAGCUCGUGACGGCAUCCAAGGCCAUCAUUGAAAAGGAGUACCAGCCCAGGGUCAUCAUCAGCAAGCAGGGUCCCAACCCCUUCUCCAACACCGACCGGGAGAUGGACGAGUACCGCAGGGAAGUGGAACAGAAUCAGAAAGGGCCUGAAGUGCAGGGACAAGACGCUAGUAGGGAGGGAUCAGCCUACAGCGCAUCCUGUCCUGAAGCUGAGACAACCCAGGGAGGUCAAGUCUCCGUCUCCACACCUCUACAGUCGGGAACUUGCUCGCUCAGCUUAGAGAAAGCCCCGCCUACGGCACCUGUAGCUGCGACCCCGGCCUCUGAGCAGACUUCUUUUUCCCUCGGCCUCUCCAGCGGGGCUGGGGCGACUCGGGAUGGCACUUCAUCCGCAGGGACGCUAGCAGAUGAUGUUUUUUCGGCUCCAGAUUCCCCACAGAAGGAGUUCCACUGCGCUGUGCUGCGAGCCCUCAGCAAGGAGCCGUCAGCGGGAGAGGCAGCUAAGGCGGAUCAGGCUCCAGAAGCAGACCCAGAGCAACUAGCUGAACCUGUGGAGGAGCCAAAAGGCCAGAAAACCACCUCCACACCCCCCAGCACCCCAGUCAGAGCAGAUGAAGACUCCUUGCCUGACCAAACCUAUAAAGACGAGAGCGAUGCAGCCACCCUGAGACAGACCCUUCCAGAUUUAACGCCCGACGACCCCUCCGACGCCCCAGCGCUUCCUGCCGAAGACCCUGCCUCCGCCCCUGCCACCGCAGACGCCACCGCAGACGUGGACGCAGCCGAGGGCGAGGAAGCCGCGGACGCCGGCGACCAGGAGGAGGACGAGUCUCCCAGCAAAUCACCCUCCAAAAAGAAAAAGAAGUUCCGCACUCCUUCCUUCCUAAAGAAAAACAAAAAAAAGACAGAAUCCUAGAUUGGGGAGCGUUGGCGCAGUCCUCAAGGCUGAGCGCUUCUCACUUCUGCUUUUUGUCCACUAUGGUAUC